CAGAUAAACCAGAUGGGUUAAAAAAAAAAAAGAUAUGGUUUCUAUUGUUGUUGUUAUUUUCAGCAGGAAUGGUAUUGCUAGGCUUUUUAUAAUAUUUAGAUAAAUCAGUAGUAUCAGCCAUCUCUAUUUUUGGUUCAUCUAUUAAACUACUGCUCAUGUUUUGUUUUUCUUUAUUUCCCCUCUUCGGCCACCGUACCGCAUUAACCCGUGUCGAAGUGGUGAAAGCAGCCUUCUCAUUGGCUGGAAUAUAAAGUAAGGGCGGGUCUUAAAUAACUCUCUACUUUUUAUGUUAGCGCACUAGCUAAUAAUUGGUGUUUGCACCCUAUGUAGUGUACUAUAUGAGUUAUUUUGGUAGAUUUGGGAUUAAACCCGGGUUUGUUGCCAGAGGUUCCAGUAUAAACCGUAUAUGGUGGUUAGUCUCUCUAAACCUGAAGUGUCUCCUGUGGCUCUUGCCCAACAUCUCCUUGAUGUCGAAGCACAAACUCAUCCUGCUGCGGCAUGGCGAAGGAGCGUGGAACAAAGAGAACCGCUUCUGCAGCUGGGUUGACCAGAAGCUGAGCGAGAACGGCGUACUAGAGGCUCAGGAGUGCGGCCGGAUGCUGAAGCAGCACGGCUACGAGUUCGGCCGUGUUUUCACCUCGAUCCUUAGCCGCUCCAUUCAGACAGCGUGGCUCGUGCUGGAGGCCAUGGGCCAAGAGUGGGUUCCCAUCACCAAGUCAUGGCGGCUGAACGAACGCCACUAUGGCGCUCUGAUCGGCCUGAACCGGGCUGAGAUGGCGCUGAACCACGGGGAGAAGCAGGUAAAGCUGUGGAGGCGGAGUUAUGACAUCACUCCACCCCCCAUCAAUGAGUCCCAUCCCUACUUUGCUGAGAUCUACAAUGACCGGCGGUACAACACGUGUGAUGUGCCUAAAGACGAGCUGCCCAAAACAGAGAGCCUGAAGGAGGUGCUGGACAGACUGCUGCCUUACUGGAAUGAUGUCAUCAUUCCUGAAAUUAAGAGUGGCCAAACUGUCCUCAUUUCAGCUCAUGGAAACAGCUGCAGAGCCUUGCUCAAGCAUCUAGAAGGUAUAUCGGAUACCGACAUUGUGAAGGUCACUCUACCCACUGGAGUACCAGUUCUGCUGGAGUUGGAUGAAAAUCUCAGGCCGGUGAAGCCUCGAGAGCUACUGGGAGAUCAGGCCAAAAUUCAGGCAGCCAUCAAAAAGGUGGAAGAUCAGGGGAAAGUUGUUGAGGGAAAUAAAUGAAAAAUUUUAAAUAUGGCGAUAAGUUUGAGAGAAAUUAAGUAAUAGCCAGUUCUUAUUUAUAAUGAUGCACUGAACAGGAGAAUAGUUACACUACUGUACGCCUUUGUCUGUCUAGUUACUGGAGUUGGUUUUGGUUUAACAUCUAUUUCAGACAGGCGGAUGAAGGCAUGCAUUCUUUUAAUGGAUAACACAAAUAGGCACGUUUUUUUCCUUUUUGUUAAAAGAUUAAGAGAAGUGAAUUACAGUAGAUUUAUAUACUGUAUAACUACAGUAAUAAGCCUGUGCUUAACCAUGGUUGCAGAUGUGUUUUUAGAGAUUACUGGUCUGACUGGUCUGAAUUGAAAGACUAGUUGUGCUUAUGUCUUAAUUAAAGGAGAGUCCAGGAUCCACCCAUGUUUACUUCGGUUGCUUUUAAGAAAUAAAUGUGUCUCAGUCAUAACCGUUAGCAGAUUCAUUGUUGUAGAAAUUAUUUUAAUAGGUUAUGCUCAUGAAUACAAAAUGUACCUCAACAUUCUUACUAGCCAGGGCAGUUCUUUACAAACAGUAGAACUGGACCUUUUGUACCUUGAUGGGCCGUGAUGUCAGAUUUUCCUUUCUUUAGAGCUGUUGCCAGACUUUUUGCCAAGACAAGACUACUAAACUCAAACUACAGGGUCUGUCCCAAAAGUCUCCAUACAUAGGAGACUGUGUUUUCCAGCACCACAUCGGUUAUGCAUUCAUCAGUGGAUCUUCAUGGACAUGCAUGUGUGUGUGUGUGUGUGUGUGUGUGUGUG